GAAGGCAACACUAGCAGAGAAAGAAGUGGCCACAUUGAAGGAAAGACUGGAUGCUGCUAAACACUCUCUUCAAUUAGUUGAACAAAUCCAGAAAGCUCCGGAUAUGGAGAAAGCCAUCGAGGUGCUUAGCCGAUCAUCUCUAGAGGUCGAACUAGCUGCUAAAGAAAAAGAGAUUUCCCAGCUAAUGGAUGACAUACAGAGUUUGCAGUCUACUGUCAAUAACUUGAAACAGACAAGUGCCUCACAAAUUACUCGUCUUGAAGAAUUGUUAGUGGAAAAAAAUCAGACCAUCCAGGAGCUGGAAGAAAAGCUUACCCAGCAGAAAGAUUAUAAAGAGAUCAAGAAAGAACUAAGCAUUUUAAAGUCUAUGGAAUUUCCUAACAAUGAAAAUGCUGAAGAAGAUAAUGGUAUCGCCACAUCAGGACCUGAAUCUAUUUCAAAGCCUCUUGAAGUUCAGCUUUUGGAGAAAAACAAAUCCUUGCAGUCCCAGAAUACUGCUCUGAAAGUAGCUAAUACUGACUUGUCUGGUCCCCUCUCUCAUCAGGGAAAUCCGCUUCCACUUCAAACUGUCGAGAACAUUGGCUCUCUCUUAGGCGAAGAAAUUGUGUCCACAUAUACCAAUAUACUGAAAAAAGAAGAUCAGAGUAGCCCCCCACCUCUGACUACCCCAACCCAGGACAUGUGUCCCCCAGUUGCACAUCAAUCCCUGAAUGGCACCAAACUGGGUGAACUUCCAAAAUAUAAAGAUUCUUCUUGUGAUCACGUGACCUUAGACAAACUCCAAGAGUGCCUGGGUCAAUGUUUGGAAAAAUAUGCAAAUGAAACACUGAACACAUUAUACAUUGCUCGGUGCGUGCGGGAACUGUUGAGCAUGCAUAAUAUUGGGCAACGCCUUUUUGCCAAGUUUGUGCUUGGCCUUUCACAAGGUACUGUAAGUGAACUACUUUCCAAACCAAAACCAUGGGAAAAACUGACUGAAAAAGGAAGAGACUCCUACAGGAAAAUGCACGCGUGGGCUUCAGAUGACACCUGCGUUUAUAUGCUGAAAGCUUUAGUGCCCAAGAAAGGAUGGUUGACAGGGGCACUAACUCAUGGUAAAGCUAUUUCUACUUCUUGGCAAACAAGUAAAGAUUGUACCAACAAUUCAAAUCUCAGAAGCAAGUGCCAGGAUGUUGCUCAACCUAAAAGUAAAGAUUCUGGACCUCUGUCAAGUAAACAAGAGGAUCCAGCAGCAGAGGAACGUAUUGCACAAAUUUUAAAUGAAGCUCAAACUGCCAUGCUUAAUUCUAACAGCAACAAUAACAAGAUGAUCCCACUACAUAAUGGAAGCUCAGGAUACUCCCCACAGAAUGGCAAUGCACCUAGAUCAGAGGAAGAAGGGAGGGGAGAUGAAGGAGGUGGCAUCGAAGGAGGAGGUGGGAAAAGUCAAACAUUACACAGUAAUAAUAAUUAUAAAGAUUAUUUCCAGUCUGGCAGUAUGCGACGAUCUAGAAAGUAUGAUAAUGAUGACAUACCACAGGAGAUGGUAGCAAAGAUCUACCAAGAGGAAUUGGCUAAACUUAUGGGACAGAGAGUAGAGGAAGGUUUCCGUUUACCCAGAGACCAGUACGAACGAACGCAAGAAGAGAUUAGACAUGCCCUUAACAUCUAUCACCAGGAACUUUCUCAGCUCUCUCAUCUUGGUGUAACUACAGCCUUAAUAAAUGGUACUGCCUCUUCUUUCAUCCCUCAUGCCAUCAGCAUGGCUAGUAGUCUGCCUCAUAUGGAAGUACCUAUUGAUGCCACAGUACAGUCACGUAGUAGACAGAAUGAUAAAAAAAACAACAGCAGUUUGGAUGUGGAUAGUGUACGUCAUCAUGGGAGUGCCUUCUCUUUGGUGACGCCAAAAACAGAGGCAAGAAACAGUCCUGUUAAAGUAGCAGUAUCACAUCAACACACCUCUUUUCCUCCAACGUCUGCAGUGUCUCUCACUGAAAUAUCCAGUGAUGAUAUUUCCAUCUCAGCAUCUCCUUUGCAGCAGAUGCAGUCUAUUACAAACUCAUUACUCUCUCAGUCAACUAUGACCAACACCUCCAGUACACUACAGAGGCCCACAAAAGCAAUUCUUCCACCCAUAACUCAACAGCAGUUUGAUCAGUAUAAUAAUCUGAAUACUGAAGAUAUUGUGAAAAAUGUAAAGGAGCAACUCAGUCAGUAUUCAAUAAGUCAGAGAUUAUUUGGAGAAAAUGUUCUGGGACUGUCACAAGGUUCAGUUUCUGAUCUGCUGGCAAGACCUAAACCCUGGCACAUGCUUACACAGAAGGGCCGAGAGCCAUUUAUCCGAAUGAAAGUGUUCUUGGAAGAUGAAAAUGCAAUUCACAAACUGGUAGCUUCCCAGUACAAAAUACCUCCAGAAAAGUUAUUACGUACAGGGGGUUUUGGAGGCUCCAGGAACUCCCCUGAUUUGCAGGAGUCUUCCCCUUCUACUCCAGAAUAUUUACCAAGUAUUUCUAACGUGGCCAGCAACUCAUCCAAUAAUAUUUCAGCAACUCAGAAUGUGCCAGGUAGCUCCAAGAAACACUGCCAGAAUCCACAGUCCUUGUCAUACUUGCACUCUUCUGUGUAUGAAAUAGCUGCACUAACCACUGACUUGGACACACAGAACAUCACAUCCAAGAUAAAAGAUACACUUAUGGCCCAAAACAUAGGUCAGAAGAUUUUUGGUGAGGUGGUGCUUGGUCUGUCUCAAGGGUCUGUUAGUGAGUUGUUAUCAAAACCAAAACCAUGGCACAUGCUCAGUAUUAAAGGUAGAGAGCCUUUCAUCCGUAUGCAGUUGUGGUUAAAUGACCCACAAAAUGUAGAAAAAUUGCAAACAUUUAAAACUCAAAGAAGGGAAGCAAAUAAGCGAAAAAGAAACAACAUAGAUGACAUGGAGUUCUGCCACUGGUACAACUAUGGUUUCUCUUCUUCACCAUACUUGUCAACUAAAAAACCACGAAUCUUGUUCUCCGAGGAGCAAAAAGAAGCACUACGUUUAGCAUUCUCUAUGGAUCCUUAUCCAAGUACAGCAACAAUUGAAUUUUUAGCCAAUGAGCUCAACUUAUCAGUCCGAACAAUAACCAACUGGUUUCAUAACCAUCGCAUGCGACUUAAGCAACAGCCUAUGAUUUCUCAUGAUGACCACAAGUCUAAUUACAGUGGAGCACGUGUAGUAUCUCCUUUGUCCAAUAUUAAGGAUACGACAAGUUUUGAUCCUGUGCAGUUUAGAAUGAUGCUGAACAGUCGACUUUCAGAACUAAAUCGAGACAAAGGUAGUGGAAUUGUCCAGAAAAUGUGCUCUACUUAUAGGAAUAAUUCACCACUCUCCGCCCACAAUGAUGAUUCUGGUACUUUAGACUUGAGCAUGUCUAGUCAACAUUUCCUACAAAGAAGUAACAAUCUAUUUGGAUUUCAGUGUUCUUCAGAAACUGCAAGUGCCGGAACAGAUGAGCACUCAAACAGUGAACUAAAUGAAGACUCUAGCUAUUCCUUAGAUAGAGGCUUGUCAGAAAGUAGUGACAAAGAGUCUCUCGAAGAACAGCCACUGUCUCUGUCUGCAUACAACAUAAUUCAUGGGCAAGAAAGCUUUAAACAAAUGACAAUAGUGCCAUCUAGUAGCAGUAACAGGAGAAAAUCUGCAAUGCCACAAUGGGUGGACCCAGGGCUGAAAAUGUCUCCUGAUAGUGACCUAUGCAGUGAGAAUGAAGACAAUGAUGAAGAAAAAACAGAAAAUAAGAAAUAUGAGGAGAUAAUAAAUGGAGUCUGUGUUCUUCAAACUGGAAAACUUGGUCUUCCUGUGCCUAAGGAGCAUACAGUGCGGAUUGAGCCAACUCCAGCUCCUGAUAGCCAGGUUUUAAACUAUGGGAACAAAGAACAGGCUUCUGAAAAAGAUAAAGAAAUAGAUUCUUCCAAACAAGAAAAAGAAAAGUUUCAAGAAAACAUUAAAACUGAUAGAAAACAUAACAUUGAGAGGCUCGAGAGAUGUUUAAAAGACAAAGUAGUAAGCUGGGAUGCUGAUGACGAAGGAGAGAGAGAGGAAAACAAAAAUAGUGCUUGUUAUGAGGCAGUGAUGAAGGAAAAGGAAAUGCUGCAAUAUCGAAGUGAUUUCCAGAAGAAGCUAAUCCAACAACUAGAAGAAGAUUUGUCCUGUGUGAACUCUUUGACUUGUCUCUAUCGUGGAGAGGGAGAGGGGCAAGCUGCUUCUCCAUUGUUCCCUACAGAAAUCAUUGCAGAAGUUUCAAAGGAAGGCACUGAUCACAAAGUACGCACCUCAUCGCCCGACUUGACUGGGACAGCUGAGAACUUGCUUCCAAUUAUUUCCAGCCAGCGAGAACGUUUUAGGCAACGGAACCAGGAACUGGAAGCUGAAAAUACCAAUUACCGUCAGCAGCUAAGCCUCUUGCAAAGUGAGAUGGAACGUCUUCAUUUUGAUAACAUUAAGUUAUAUGAGAAGAUCAAAUUCUUGAAAUCUUAUCCAAUUCAGCGACCCCGUUCGGAAGAUGAGAUGGAAAGUCGUUAUUCUGUACAAUAUGAAGAAAAACUAGAUCCCUUUUCUAGAUUUAGCAAACAGGAAAAACAAAGGAAGUAUAUGAACCUCAGCCCUUUCGAAAAGAUAACCUUGAGUAUGGGACGUACCAUUCUGUCAAACCGUAUAGCACGCACCAUUACCUUUAUCUACACUCUGCUACUGCACUGUUUGGUCUUUCUGGUUCUGUAUAAACUUGCCCACACUGAAGCCUGUAAACGUGAUGUUGCAGCUGAAUGCACAGCAAGAUUUGCUUUACAUAUGCAGAAGGAACAUGGUCAAGAGGAAAACCUUCAUUUCUGAAAGAAAUUUUACUGCUGUUACACAUUUAGGUUUUGCAGAAAUCCUGUUGUUUUUUUUUCUUUAUGUUUGACUGUAUGAUGAUAAAGUUUGAAGUUGUAUCAAUUUUGAUCAUUCUAUAUCUUAUUCCUUUAAUUUACAAGGUUACAGUUCACUUUGUUGAAGUGCAAAUUAUUAAUACAAAAACAUUCCACUGCAGAGAUUUAGAGGGUAAUUUUUGUUUCAACAUAAACAAAUGAUCACUUUAAAAAUAAAAGUUUACACAA